ACGCGCAGGGCAGCCCGAGGUCGUCCGGUGGGCGGCUCGGAGGCCCGUAGGAGUGAGGGUGGAGCGGCCCCUGUCAGCGCCUGGCUGGGGCCGCCUGGGCAGGGGACCUCGUAUGCAGGGACCCUCCGCAAUUUUAUGGACAUGCCGUCCUUGUAAGGUAAAAACUUCAAUGGGAGGCUUGCUCCUUUAAAGAAAGCCUCGUGGUAGAACAUCUGUGUGACCCAGUCAGUGGAAGGAUGAAAGCGCUACGCUGGAACACGCUGUGAAUGGAAGGGAGCUGUCAUUGUGAGCCUUGGCUUUUGAUUAGUCAUUCGAUGUCUUCCCCAGUGAGACAUGGCUGAGAUGAUCGACUUCAGUGGCUGAGAUACUCCUGUGGGCCUGCAGUUAAAUGACAGAAAUGCAGAUAGUACGGCACUCUGAACAGACACUCAGAACAGCUCUCAUCUCAAAGAACCCGAAGCUUGUAUCACAGUAUGAGAAAUUAGAUGUUAGGGAGCAGCGUUUAAUGAAUGAAGCCUUCCAGCCAGCCAGUGAACUCUUUGGACCCAUCACUUUGCAUUCCCGGUCAGAUUGGAUCACCUCCCACCCUGAGGCCCCCCAGGACUUCGAAGAGUUUUUCAGUGAUCCCUACCGAAAGACACCCUCUCCAGAGAGACGCAGCAUUUAUAUACAGUCCAUCGGCGCUCUGGGAAACACGAGAGUUAUCAGUGAAGAGUACAUUAAAUGGCUCAAGGGCUACUGUGAGGCAUUUUUCUAUGGCCUGACAGUGAAACUCCUGGACCCAGUUUCUGUUUCUGCGACCAGGUGUUCCUUCAGAGUCAACGAUCAUACACAAAACCUACAGAUCCAUGCCGGACAUAUCCUGAAAUUCUUAAAAAAGAAGAAACCCGAAGAUGCCUUCUGUGUUGUGGGGAUAACAAUGAUUGAUCUUUACCCAAGAGACUCGUGGAAUUUUGUCUUCGGACAGGCCUCUCUGACGGAUGGUGUGGGGAUCUUCAGCUUCGCCAGGUAUGGCAAGGAUUUCUAUACCUCACGCUAUGAAGGUAAAGUGAAGAAGCUCCAGAGGAAAUCUUCCGAUGACUAUUCCAUUUUUGAUAACUAUUAUAUUCCUGAAAUCACUAGUGUCUUACUGCUGCGGUCCUGUAAGACUUUAACCCAUGAGAUCGGACAUAUUUUUGGACUGCGGCACUGCCAGUGGCUUGCAUGCCUAAUGCAAGGCUCCAACCACUUGGAAGAAGCUGACCGGCGCCCUCUAAACCUUUGCCCUAUCUGUUUACGCAAAUUGCAGUGUGCUAUUGGCUUCAGUAUUGUAGAAAGAUACAAGGCGCUGGUGAGGUGGAUUGAUGAUGAAUCUGCAGACACACCAAGACCAACUCCAAAACAUAGUCGUGAGGAUAGUGUGAAUUUGCCCAAACCUGCGGAAGCCUUUAAGGAAUGGAAAGUGUGGAUAAUAAAAUGCCUUGCUGUUCUCCAAAAAUAAGAACCUUCAGAUAGAAGUAAUAAAAUAAAUACUUGCACUGUA